AUGGGAGAGGGAGUAGUGGGAAGCAAGAGAGAGAUGAGAAGGAGUGUGUGUUACAGGCUAUUGAUUCUUGUUUCCUUCAUAUGGUUCCGCGUGGCCACGUGUUCGUCGUUCAGUGACAUGGAUGCGCUGCUGAAGCUGAAGGACUCCAUGAAGGGAAACAAAGCCGAGGAUGACGCCCUCCGUGACUGGAAGUUUUCCACCUCGCUUUCCGCUCACUGUUCAUUUUCAGGCGUCAAAUGCGACCAAGAUCUUCGAGUAGUUGCAAUCAACGUCUCCUUUGUUCCUCUCUUCGGACAUCUUCCGCCGGAGAUUGGACAAUUUGACAAACUCCAAAACCUAACCAUCGCCCAGGACAAUCUCACCGGUCAGCUUCCCAAGGAGCUCACUGUCCUCACUUCCCUCAAGCUCCUCGACAUCUCUCACAACUCCUUCUCUGGUAAUUUUCCCGGGGAAAUCAUUCUUCCUCUGACGGAACUCGAGGUCCUCGACGCCUACGACAACAACUUCACCGGACCACUUCCGGAAGAAUUCGUCAAACUGGACAAACUCCGAUACCUCAAGCUCGACGGGAAUUACUUUUCCGGCAGCAUACCGGAGAGUUACUCGGAGUUUAAGAGCUUGGCGUUUUUGAGCUUAAGCACUAACAGUUUAUCGGGGAAGAUUCCGAAGAGUUUGUCUCAGUUGAAGACGCUGACGUAUCUCAAACUCGGUUACAACAACGCUUACGAAGGCGGAAUCCCGCCGGAGUUUGGCUCCUUGAAUUCUUUGAAAUACCUCGACCUUUCCAGCUGCAACCUCAGUGGCGAGAUUCCACCGAGUCUGAGCAAUUUGGAGAACCUUGGUACAUUGUUAUUGCAAAUGAACAGCCUCACCGGAACCAUUCCGUCGGAACUCUCAGCUAUGAGGAGUCUCAUGAUUCUAGAUCUCUCCUUCAACGGCCUAACGGGGGAGAUACCGGAGAGUCUCUCUCAGCUCAGAAACCUCACUCUCAUGAACUUCUUCCACAACAAGCUUUGCGGCUCUGUUCCUCAUUUCGUCGGCGAGCUUCCGAAUCUCGAAACGCUGCAGCUCUGGGAGAACAACUUCUCCUUCGUGCUGCCUGAGAACUUGGGCCAAAACGGGAGGUUAAAGUACUUCGACGUAACGAGCAAUCACUUCACCGGGUUGAUCCCUCCUGGUUUGUGCAAGAGUGAGAGCUUAAAAACCUUCGUCAUCACCGAUAACUUCUUCUACGGUCCAAUCCCUGACAAUAUUGGAAACUGCAAGUCUCUCGUCAAGAUCCGAGCCUCCAAUAACUUCCUUAACGGCACCAUUCCGUCGGGGAUUUUCAAACUACCUUCCCUCACCAUAAUCGAGCUCGCGAACAACCGUUUAAAAGGCGAACUGCCUUCCGAGAUUUCCGGCGAUUCUCUCGGGAUUCUCACACUUUCCAACAACUCAUUCAGGGGGAGAAUUUCGCCUGCAUUGAAGAACUUGAGGGCACUGCAGAGACUCUCACUCGACGCGAACAAGUUUGUCGGAGAAAUCCCGGGGGAGGUUUUUGACUUACCAAUGCUAACCACCGUCAACAUAAGCGGCAACAAGCUUACCGGACCAAUCCCAACGACGUUGAUUCACUGCGUUUCACUCUCCGCCGUUGACCUCAGCCGGAACAUGCUCGCCGGGGAGAUUCCCAGCGGCAUAAAAAACCUAACGGACUUGAACAUUUUGAAUGUUUCCAGAAACCUCAUAACAGGACCAAUCCCUGACGAGAUUCGGUUCAUGAGUAGCCUCACCACGCUGGAUCUCUCCUACAACAAUUUCAACGGCAAGGUUCCUACGGGGGGCCAGUUUUUUGUGUUCAACGAAACGGCUUUUGCGGGAAACCCCAACCUCUCUUUCAACCACGGAUCCACCUUAAACACUGUGGCUGCAGCCACUGCCCCCACUACCUGCAAGCAAAUAGUUGUAAUAGGGUUUUUCAAUGUUUACAAUAUGAAUGAUGCAUGUUAA